AUGAAUAACAUAGCUAGAACACCGAAAACAACUCCAAUAACUGAUGAUUACGAUAUCUCAAAUACCGUUCUUGGCCUUGGGAUCAAUGGAAAGGUCGUAGAAUGCAAGGAGAAACGCACCGGCACAAAGCGUGCGUUGAAAGUUUUACACGACAGCGCCAAAGCGAGACGGGAAGUCGAGCUUCAUUGGAGAGCCAGCGGCUGUAUUCAUAUAGUCGAAAUCAUAGACGUAUACGACAACACAUACGGCGGAAAGCGGUGUCUUCUGGUCGUGAUGGAGUGCAUGGACGGGGGGGAGCUGUUCCAGAGGAUCCAGGAUAACAGAGAAGGCGCCUUCACUGAGAGGCAGGCGGCCGAGAUAAUGCACUCGAUCUGCGUGGCGGUACGGCAUCUGCACGACUCGGACAUCGCCCACCGCGACAUAAAGCCGGAGAACCUCCUCUACACUAGCAUGGACCCCAACGCGAUCUUGAAGCUGACCGAUUUCGGUUUCGCGAAGGAAACGCUGUCACAGGCGGACACCCUGCAGACCCCAUGCUACACGCCCUACUACGUUGCACCAGAGGUUCUGGGCCCGGACAAAUACGACAAGUCCUGCGACAUCUGGUCUCUGGGCGUCGUCAUGUACAUACUCCUGUGCGGGUUCCCGCCAUUCUACUCCAACCACGGCCUCGCCAUAUCGCCCGGAAUGAAGAAGAGGAUCCGACUGGGCCAGUAUGACUUUCCAGAGCCAGAGUGGUCGAACGUGUCCGUAGAAGCCAAGAAUCUCAUCAGGGGCAUGCUAUCCGUAGACCCGGCGAAGCGAUUGACAAUACACCAGGUUAUGGCGAGCCCGUGGGUGCGUCAGUACACUCAGGUGCCGCAGACGCCGCUGUACACUCACGCGCUGCUGCGAGACGCGGGCGACGCGUGGGCCGACGUGCAGGACGAGAUGACGCGCUCCUUGGCCACCAUGCGCGUCGACUACGACCAGGACGGUUUGACGCGCUCCUUGGCCACCAUGCGCGUCGACUACGACCAGGUACAAAUCAAAGCGCUGGAGCAAAGCAACAAUUCCCUUCUAAAUAAGAGACGGAACAAAGUGGGAGCC